AUGAAGUUAUCUUACCAGCCUGUCAAAUCUGCAGGAUGCUUAAUCAUUGGUGAUGAAAUAUUGAAUGGGAAAAUCAUGGAUUCCAAUUCGUACAACUUUGCCAGGUUUUGCUUUAACGACCUCUCUAUUCCAUUAAAGAGAACAACAGUCUGCGGGGAUGAUGCCCAAGAUAUCAAAACAUCUAUGCAUAACCUACUAACCCAAGAUAACGUCGAUUUCCUUGUUACUUCUGGAGGCCUAGGUAGCACGCACGACGACAUCACAUAUGAGGCUAUCAGCGACUACUUCAAGUUGGAGUAUAGGCUUGACCAGGAGGUGGUGGAACGGAUGCAAUCCCUUCGUAAGGAAUACUUGGCGAAAUUGGAUAAAGAGCAAUUGGAUGCAUUUUAUAGAAUGGCAACUUUGCCUACAACUUCCACUGAUUCUAGGACUCAGGUUGAGAAGAUAUAUAUUGAUGACAAAAUGUGGUUCCCAAUAGUUGUUAUUGAUGAAAAGGUUUUUAUAUUGCCAGGUGUUCCACAAUUGUUUGUCCAGUGCUUGCCCACAAUUCAAUCAUAUUUGGACUCAAGACUCGAUUCGGCAAAAUUAAUAAGGAGAUAUGUUGUGACAAAGACUGGGGAGAGUCAUUUGGCUCCAUAUCUUGGUAACUUGCAAACAGAAUGCAAUAAGAAAUGUGGAGAUGGGGUUGUUAAAUUGGGAAGCUACCCUCACUUGGAUUCACAUUUGAACACUAUCAGCAUAAUAGGAAACGGCGUAGAAUUAAAGUCAGAUUUAGAUUGGGUGGUUGAAGAUUUAUUAAAGCACGUAAGUGGUCAGUGUAGAGAAAUAACUCAGGACGAAGAGGACAAACUUAGUAAAAUAUAA